UGUCUGGUUGUCCCGUACUUCCUAAAAAGUCGUACAUUUAUUUUAUUUAAUUAAAUAACUUAUCAAUCAAAUAAAAAAUUGAAAUUAUUUCCAGUGCAUUCAUAAGAAAUGGCAAAAUUAAUAAACGUUUAUCGUGCAGACGAUACAGCUCGUUCAAAGAUAGAGAGAAGACAACUCCCUUUAUCCACUGGGGAAAAUAUGAUGAUGUUAAUGGACCUCAAUAGCAAAGGACUAGUGAUUGAUUGUCCUAUGAUAAAGGGAAAAGAAUUGGACGAGUUUAUGAGAAAGUAUAAUAUAUUAUCUUAUCCAGAACUUAAAAAUUCAUUGCAAGUGCGUGAAAAGGAUAUAUUAUUUGUAUUACGACAAAAUGUUCAAUGUGUUGGAUGCCGUCGCAGUGUGGAAAAUUUAUUUUUACAACUUUCUGAAUCGAAGUAUCCAACAUUAGAUCCUUUAGUUAUCAGUGAUGGGGUACUUACAUUAAUUGAAGAUAAAACGAAAACCCCUCAAUUAUUGGGAACUGUACUAUAUAAACAUAAGGAAAUAUUGGAUAAUGUUAUGGAAAAUAAAAUUAAAAAUCGAAAUACAACUCGAUGUAUUCUACAUUCAAGAGACGCGUUGAGAUCAAAACUGUUUUCGGAAUCAUGGCGUGAAAUAUGGACUGCAAUGAAACAGAGAUGUCGCGAAGAAUUAACCGUAAUAGAGACACAAGAGCUUUAUGACGUAUUAGAUGAAUAUCUAAAAAAACACAAGUUCUGCCAAGAGUGCAAAACCAAAGUUGAAAAAGCAUACAACAUUUUGGUAAGCGACUCAAGUUCCAAAGAAAAAGGAUAUGUUGCAGCACUAUAUUCAAAUAUUAAAAAAUGUCUAGCUGAUAAUCACAUUCAUAUUGAAACUAGAUUCGAUUUCAUAGAUAUGUUAAUUCAAAAAGCUGAAACUGAGAUUAACGGCAGUUAUUUGAAACAAAGAGAACGCCACGCAAAAACUUUAGAAGUCGCCCAAAAAGAAAUUUUAACAUGCAUCGGAAUGAUUGUAUAUGAAAGACUUAAAAAGAUAUACGUUAGUCUUCGUGAAGAGGAACGUGCUUGUCAGGUAUUAGCAGCAGUUGGAGUACAUGCCCUUAGCCGAAGUUUUAACAGUGCUGUAGAAAGUAAACAAGGAAUCAGCAACUUAGAGCUGUGCUACCAAGAAAUAAGCAGAGCCGAAAAAGCAAAAGAGUUGAAACGUGAACAACGUAAACUUAAAAAAAAGAGGAAGAAGAUUGAAAAGAAAAAUAAAUUAGGCAUAUGUACAGCUGUAGUAACAGCUGCAACAUCUGAUGGUGAGGCUGAUCAUGAUGACGAUGCAGAAGGGGAUCCUGAUCGAGACGGUGACGAUCACGAUCACGAUGAUGAAGAUGAUGAUGAUGUUCAAGAAAAUGAAGCGAAAUGUGAUGCUAAUGUUAAAGAAAAAUCUAAAUAUAUAGCAAAAAAACUAACAGAUAAAAAUCAUAACAAGCCAUUGAAAGAAAAAAAUAAUAAUUGCCCAUGCGAAAAAGUUGGUGAAGAAAUUUACACAAAAUCUAUAGAUGGUGGCUAUAGUUCAGAUCCUUCGCAACUUAAUUCUAGAACAUCUAGUGUUGGAAGCUCAUUAGAGGGUUCUGAAGUAUCUUGUAGUGAUGACUUUUGUAAUCAUAAUCAUCGAAAUAAAAGUGACAAAAUCAGUGGCAGUGAUCUUGGAACUUGCAAUGGCGUUAAUCGACAAUACAUAUUUUCAAAUAACAACAAUAAUAAAAACUGUAAUAACAUUAAAAUAUCAAAUGGGAAAAGUAACAUCAAUGUUCAUAUCAAUAACAGUCUGUGUUCCGUUUCAAAUCCGCUUUCUUUAGAACAGAUGUUGGAUUCAUUUAACGAUUUGGAAGAAGAAGACGAUGAAGAGAAAAAGUGUUACAUUCCAGAUGAAGUUUUGAUGGAGUUUAAAUGUAGAGAAGGUAAAGUAAAACAGGAACGAGCAGAGUUAAGAGAAUACUUACGAAAAAGUUUCGCUGAAAUGUGCGUCAAAACUCGAGGAAUUUGUAAAUUAACGGAUUAAAAUAAUUGAAUAUUUUAUAUAUAUUAUCAAACUGAUACAUUGUUGAAUAAUAAAUAUUAAAGCAUUUAAUUAAAA